AUGUUACUCUCGACUUUGAGAGUGUUCCUAGCGGGAAGCCUCGCGGCUUUCGCAGCUGGGCAGGAUAAUCUCGGGCUCUCAGGUGGCUAUACUAACUUACAGUCUACUGAUUUCAAGGGCACGAUCGUCAAAUCUUCCGGGACGCUUGCAUCCCUCAAUUCAAGCCGCACAGGCUUCAACUUCUUGCCAACAGAUCUGAUAUCGCAGCUAGCUCAAAAUGGUGCCCACCACCUUGGAGAUGUUACUUUUCGAUAUCGGACCUCAAGUAGCGCAUCCUGGACUAGUGUCGAUACAGCCAGCUCUAGGAAAGCGGUCACACAGUUGACAAGCCUGGGAGCUGGAGUGAUCGCUGGUGCAGACCUAGCACCCACGCUUGGAACGGCCCGUCCAUUUAAGGUCACCCGAGAAUGGCUUACCUCCGGCAGUGGUCUUGCCUUGAGGUUCAACUUUACGAACACCGGUACAACCUCCAUCGAGCUCGGAAGCUUGGGUCUGCCAGUCGCUAUCAACAACAUCUUCACCAACCGCCUCGCAACCGAUACGCAAGCGAAGUGCUCUUUCGCCGACCCUUACAUUGGCCUUGAUGCAGGAUUCAUCCGAGUAACACCGUUGUCGGGAACUGGAAAUGCGCUUGUCCUUGCUCCGCUGGGUUCAAGCAAUUUCGAGGCGUGGCGCUUCCUAUCAGAAUCGUCGGGCGCUUUCGGCUACCAGGGACAGACCUAUGAAGGCAACUAUGAGUGGCAAGUCCACAGCCUGGCAUAUGCACAGAAUGAGUGGAAGAGUACUACACCCUGGAACAGUGCUACAUCAAAGACGCUCGCUGCUGGAGAAGUUUACUCUGUAGGAGUCAAGUUCGUCCUGGCUGACUCCAUCCAAACCAUUGAAGAUGCCGUGGUAAAGAGCGGCACGCCCCUCGCAGUUGGUCUACCCGGCUAUGUCGUACCUGCAGACCUCACCGCAAGGCUGUACCUCAACUACUCGUCCGCGGUCAAGAGUAUCGAUGCAGCUGACUUCACCAUCACGGGACCCUUAAACACAUCAGCCGGUGCACAGUACUCGCUUACACCCAAAAGCUCAGCAUGGGGAAGGUCGCGCGUCACUGUUACAUACGCGGAUGAGAAGAAACAGACAGUACAUUACCACAUCACGAAGACCGCAGCUUCGACACUCGCAGAUAUGGGUAACUUCUUCACGACCAAAGCGUACUUCAACAAAACAGAUCCGUUCAACAGGGCACCGUCCAUCAUGACAUAUGAUCACGAAGUUGGUGCUAUCGUAGAACAAGAUAGCCGCGUUUGGAUUGCCGGCAUUAGCGACGAGGGUGGAACUGGUGCCUAUGUCGCAACGGCGAUGAAAGAGUUCAUACAGCCCAACGCCAAGGAGGUCUCGCUGUUUGAUGACUUUAUCCAAGACACCGUUGUGGGCACGCUUCAGCAGAACGCAAGCUUGGGUGUCGUUGCCAGUGCUUUCUACUACCAGCCUGGCGCAGUUUCCUACACGUACGACUCAGCUUUGGAUUGGACUACCUGGACGUCCUGGGAUAAGACACGCGCUUACACGACGCGAAGAGCGUACAACUACGUUCACCCCGUGGCUGCGUACUGGUCCAUGUAUCGUGUUGCAAGGAAUUACCCCGAACAAAAGCUUCGGCAAGAUUGGUCAUGGUAUCUGAACCGAGCUUAUAACACCACGCAAUACUGCCUUUCGAACCAGUCCGCAAAUUGCGACUAUGGCCUUGUUGGGCUGAUGGGCGAAUGGGUGCUCGGCGAACUUCUGGAAGACCUGAAGCGCGAAGGUCUGACCACCCAAGUGACCGCCCUAGAAACGACAAUGCGCUACCGCGCUAACCUAUGGGAAACCGAAGCCGUCCCCUUCGGCAGUGAAAUGGCCUGGGAUUCUACGGGGCAAGAAGGCGUGUACUAUUGGACCAACUACUUCAAGCUCGCUACUACCCCUACCAAAGCUAUAAACUCUAUCUUUGGCUACAUGCCUACCGUCGCUCACUGGGGCUGGAAUGGCAACGCGCGCCGGUACUGGGACUUCAACUACGCCGCGAAAAUCGCACAAACAGAGCGUCAACUCCACCACUACGGGUCUGGUCUGAACUCGCUCCCCGUGCUCAACUACUAUGAACAGCAUCCUGCAGAUCUGUAUGCGCUAAGAGUGGGCUUUGGAGGUAAUAUGGCGCCCCUAACGAACAUCCACCAGGAUGGGUUUGCGAGCGCGGCGUUCCAUAGUUUCCCAGAGCUGCUCAAGUGGGAUCCAUAUAGUGGAGAUUAUGGACCAGGAUUCUUGGGACUAAGUUUGGGACAGUGUGUAUACGUUCUUACUGGAACGAAGUAUGGAGACGUUGCGUUCGGCGGGAACCUCCUUUCCACGUCCGGGGCUUCUACAAUCUCGGUGGCGCCCAGGGAUGCCGUCAAACGCCGCGUGUUCGUCGCAGACCUAGGGCUUAAGGCUGAGAUUAGCGCUGGUAUCAUCUCCAAAGUGGACUUUGAUAAGACCGGCAGCACGGUUACACUGACGCUUGCAAGUGCGGCGCAAACGGCGGACCUGCAGGCUAAGGCGGCGAUUGUUUGGCUGAAGAAGCCAGCAAGUUCGACUGUAGGCUAUAAGGUUGAUGGGGCGAGUACGGCUAGGGGCGGAUGGAGUGUGGACUUGUCGAGUGGGAAGGCGACGGUGAAAAUUGUGAAGGUGUAG